GAAUAAAAAAUUUAAGGAGGGUUAUGGAUGCCCAGAACACAGUACCUGUAGACCAUGAUAAUUCUUUUACAAAAUUAGAUAGAUCAUCAGGAGUUGUUCCUGAUGGGCAUAGUGUAACAAAACGGCUUCAAAGUGAAUUAAUGGCAUUAAUGAUGUCAGAUAUUCCUGGUAUUUCUGCCUUUCCUGACUCGGAUUCAAAUCUUUUGCAUUGGGCUGGUACAAUUGUUGGGCCAGUAGGGACGUAUUAUGAAUCUUUAACAUUCAAAAUAUCUAUGAACUUUCCUCCAAAUUAUCCAUAUAGUGCUCCCACUAUUACAUUUAUAUCACCAAUGUGGCACCCAAAUGUAGACAUGAGUGGUAAUAUUUGUUUAGAUAUUCUUAAAGACAAAUGGUCAGCUGUUUAUAAUGUUCAAACUAUUCUUUUAAGUUUACAGAGUCUUUUGGGUGAACCAAAUAAUGCAUCACCGUUGAAUGCCCAGGCUGCAGAGCUUUGGGCUAAGGAUCCUGUGGAAUAUAAACGGCUAUUGAUGCAAAGAUAUAAAGAAAUAGAUGAUUGAUACAUGUUUUUUUGCUCUUUUUAAGAGUAAUUGGAACGAAUAAACG